CCCUCCCCUCAGCUUCUUUCCGUCCCUGUCUGUGCUUCAAUGUCUCAUGUAUUCGGUGUAAUGUGAUUUGGGAGAUUUCAAGAAAAAUCAGUAUAAUACAAUUUACCUGCAAUGAGGUAGCAGCGGUUAAUAGUAAUUUAAUAACAACAACUAAAUAAUAUGCCUUAAAGUUUUUGUCUUACAAGCUUCGACAGUUUUUGCGGGAAUGCUGAACCUUAACAAUGCCACCGUCGCCAAUGACGAAUAUGAGGUUAUCGGGGAAGCACAAUGGCAAACUUUGGAGAACAGUGGAGAUGAACAAAUUAUAAAAAUCUAUGGUCUAAAAUAUUCGAAAUUACGUGGAGUUUUGUUUCAUACCUUCUGCAUAUUACUAUGUGGCCUUCCAUAUUUUAUUUUGGCUUCUUAUCCCUCCUACAACCGAUUCAAAUAUGUAAAAUGUGGUUUGAAAACGGCUGAAGAAAUUUGUGUGACGGAUGCUGAUGGUUUAUUCAAAAUAGAAAAAGUCAAAGAGAUUGAUCUGAACCUAUCCAACCAUAAAGAUAACAAACUACGCUACUUUGUGUACCAGCAUAGCCGUUUCAUCUGGCUUCAUGAUCAGGGUAGCUUCAUUAAUGUCUUGGCUCUCAAUGAGAGGAUCACUAUCAGUCUUUUGAUGGAAAAUAUAUCUGGUAUUAAUAAACGACAGCAAAAUGAAUUAAUUAAACUAUAUGGCACAAAUUCAGUGGAAGUAGAAGUGAAGAGUUAUUGGUCACUGUUCAUCAACGAAGUCUUCAAUCCAUUUUACCUGUUCCAAGUGUUCUCCAUAAUUCUUUGGUCUUUAGAUGAAUACUACCAGUAUGCGACUUGUGUUUUUAUUCUAUCUGCCGUAUCUUGUAUGUUGGCGUUGUAUCAAACGAAACAGAUGAGCAUCAACUUGCACCGCAUGGCUGGAUCCACGAGCGCAUUCACUGUGACAGUUGUGCGACCGUCACGAAGCGGGCGCGAGGAGUGCGUAGUUAGUGCCAGCCGGCUUGUACCGGGCGACGUGCUGGUGCUGCCCCCUGAUGGCUGCGUAAUGCCCUGUGAUGCUAUGUUGCUAACUGGAACCUGUAUAGUUAACGAGAGCAUGCUCACUGGUGAGAGUGUACCAGUAAUGAAGGGCCCCCCAUGCAUUUCCCCCGAAGUAUACUCAACAGACGCACACAAAAGGCAUACACUUUUUGCUGGCACUCAUGUUAUACAAACAAGAUUUUAUGGCAACAAUCAGGUCUUGGCUAAAGUUGUACGAACCGGCUUUAAUACUGCUAAAGGAGAAUUGAUUAAAAGUAUACUAUUUCCAAAGAGAUUUGGAUUUCAGUUCUACAAAGAUGCUGUUAAAUUUGUCAUUUUCAUGUUCUGUAUAGCCGCAAUAGGAAUGGCAUAUUCAAUUUGGCUCUAUAUAUUAAGAGGCAGUCAUGCAGGCACGAUAAUCCUACGUACUUUAGAUAUCAUUACCAUUGUGGUACCACCAGCUUUACCUGCUGCUAUGACAGCCGGUAUUGUAUACAGUCAACAGCGACUGCGUAAAAAUAAGAUAUUUUGUGUGUCCCCACCCCGGAUUAUUAUUUGUGGAAAAUUGCAAGUAAUGUGCUUUGAUAAGACUGGAACCCUUACUGAAGAUGGUUUGGAUUUUUACUCGGUUAUACCAACACAAUCCAGUGACAAAUUCGGAAAGUGUGUAGUGGAUGUUAAUUUGUUGCCAGUAAAGAGUCCUAUGAUGCAAGCAUUAGCCUCUUGCCAUUCACUCACUAGUAUACAGGGACAGCUUAAAGGCGAUCCAUUGGAUUUGAAAAUGUUUGAAUUCACUCAAUGGGUACUCGAGGAGCCGGGUCCUGAGAACACUAGAUAUGACAAUUUAACGCCGGCGAUAGUUAAACCUGCUGCUACGUAUGAAGGAAACCUGCAAGAUUUAGAAAAUUAUGAUCCCUUUACUAUGGAAAUACCAUACGAAAUCGGUUUAUUACGAAGAUUUCAUUUCUCAUCAUCUCAACAGUCAAUGGGAGUUAUUGCUAGAGUACUUGGUCAGCCUCAAAUGGUGUAUUUUGUUAAAGGCGCCCCGGAAAAGGUUGCAGGUAUGUGCAAUCAAAAUUCUCUCCCAGAAAACUUCAGUUCAGUCCUCAAUGAAUAUACGUCAAACGGCUUCCGAGUUAUUGGAUUGGCUUACAAGAAACUUGACCGCAAGAUGAAAUGGGUUGAUGCACAAAGAAUUAAGAGGGAAACACUUGAGUGUGACAUGACAUUUUUAGGCUUUCUAGUCAUGCAAAAUAGCCUAAAGCCGGAAACCACUCAGGUUAUUAAAGAGCUGCACGAAGCAAACAUGAGACAGAUCAUGGUCACAGGUGAUAAUAUAAUGACAGCAAUGUCAGUGGCACGUGGGUGUUUCAUGGUGCAACCACACCAAAAACUGGUCCUGAUAACGGUUGACCAUCAGCAAGUAGACGAUUCAAGGCCUCACCUUUGUAUGGAAGUAGUGGGUGAAGGUGGACCGCCUAAAUUGUCGAUCGAUUCGUAUGUGCUGGCUUUAGAAGGAAAAACGUGGUCAGUAAUUCGUACGCAUUAUCCAGAACUGAUGCCUGUAGUAUUGAGUAAAGGAAUGGUGUUCGGUCGAUUCGGUCCUGACCAAAAGACACAAUUAGUGACGGCUCUGCAGGGUGAAGGGCUCAUAGUGGGAAUGUGCGGCGACGGUGCCAAUGACUGCGGCGCUCUCAAAGCUGCACACGUUGGCAUAUCGCUUUCGGAAGCUGACGCAUCAGUGGCGGCUCCGUUUACUUCUCGCGUGCAGAAUAUUGGGUGCGUGAAAUUGCUCGCCCUGGAAGGCCGUUGUGCAUUGAGCACUUCUUUCGCUAUAUUCAAAUACAUGGCUCUCUAUUCUUUAAUACAAUUUAUUUCUAUCCUCAUUCUUUACAAUUUCUACUCGAUCCUGGGCAACAACCAAUUCCUGUACAUCGACCUGGUGCUGACGACGCUGCUGGCGCUGUCGCUGGGCCGCGCGGCGCCAGGCCCGGUGCUGACGCGGCGCUCGCCGCCUGCCUCACUGGUCGCGCUCGCCGGCGUGCUGCCGCUCACGCUGCAGGUGGCACUCGUACUGCUACUGCAACUCGCCGCGCUCUACCUACUCUACGAGCAGCCCUGGUUCAAGCCGGUAGAAGGUGCUGCUGAUGUGGAAGUAAUACUUUGCUGGGAGAACACAGUCAUAUUCAUAAUCUCAUCCUUCCAGUAUUUGAUAAUGGCAUGUGUGUACGCGAAAGGUUGGCCCUUCCGACAACCCUUCUGUGCCAACUAUUACAUGGUGGUGACAUUAAUUACACAAGCUGUAUUUGUGGUGGUGCUAUUGCUUUGCCCGUGGCAUUGGCUUGCUGACUUCAUGGAAGUUGAAGUUAUGAAUAUUGAUGACCAUGAACAAACAAUAUUCCGUAUAUACUUGUUUUUAAUGCCAAUUCUGCAUCUAAUUCUGGCAAUCGCUAUCGAGGCAACGUUUUCCGACACGGAGAAGUUCAGUUCUAUAUUCCGUGUGAUGCGGCGCCGGUGCUCUGGCAAGGAAGAUGCCGAUGAUCAAUGCCAACCCUGGGUGCAACCGUCCCUACUAACUACACCUGUCGAUACCCGCACACCGGCACUUAUCUGCUGACCGACACAACUCUAUAGCCAUUUCUGUAAGCGAUGGUGGAAAUACGUAUCAUGAGUGCAUUUACCUUCAUAUAGGCUAAGGAUAUGCUGAGAUUUAAGCGGCGCAUUUUGCACUUAGAGGUAGAGUCGAUUUUGUAACAGUAACAAAUAUAGAGAUGUGUAUGUUUUAAUGUAGACAUGAAAUUACAGACGCAUGACAACUGUGCUCUGCCACCCAUUAUAGUAAUGACACAUAUUACUGAAAAGUAAAUGUAGUACAACUUAAUAUUUAUAGACUUGUGUGGAAUUGCUGGAACAAUAGAUUCCAAUGCUAGAUAUUCUUGGGAUCAUCACAUUUUUUUUUUUUUUUUACUUUAAAUCAGUGAUAAUUAAAAGACAAUGAGCGGGCUAAUGUGUUGUUUGCGUACUGCAAAUAUAUUAUGCCAUUUAUUUGCAUUACAUAAUACACUCAUAGCCUACGAGUAUAUCAACUGUCAUGUCCUACUGACUCUGUAUUAUGUUAUGUUACAUCAUCUGCCUCAGCAUAUUAUUAGCCUUAUUGUUGAAGGUACAGUUUACAAGGUGUUCAGUGAGCUUUACAUUUGUAAGUAAUUACCAAUCUAUGUAUAAAUAUCAAUUAAACAAAUGCAUUAAUAAAUAAAUAUCAAAUGCACAUCUUUAUUCGCGACGUAUAAUAGUAUAUAUAGAUAGGCUGAUUGUAAUUUUAUCCAUAUAGAGCACUCACACGAAUUCCAAGUUCACCUCACGCCUUGCAAACUGUAACCAGAGUGGUGACGACUCAAAGGACUCCAGUGACAAAUAAAUAAUUUCCAUUAUCUAGUGUUGGAGUUAAACACAAAAUGUUUACAAGUAGUGAUAAGAUCAGUAGGUACUAACAUACAGUUCCAAUUUGUAAUUUUACUCGCUCUUGCACAAUAUAUGGAUCGUAGGUUUUCCGCAUAACGAUGAUGAUAUAGACGAUUAUUUUUUAUUUCAUGUAAAAUUUUAAAACAGAAAAGUUAGUAUUUGUUUGAUAUAAUUAAACAGUUUCUCUUCAUCUCUCAAAUAUUUAAAAUAGUCCAUCGCCCAUUGGUUUAUAGGUUCUAAUGAAAUGUCUUUUUAUUAUAAAAUAUUGCACUUACAAGCUUUUAGGUUCUCAAAUAUAAUUUUUUAAUACUACAUUUUUCAUUCAGCAUUGCUAUAUCGUCGUAAUGUAUCGUUACGUGGAACGUGUCAAUGAUGUGACGAGGCUGUGAUAUGUAAAUCGACACAUCUACGCCAUCGAUGUACCAAAAACCUAAGACGUAUAGUUAAAAACUUAAAAAGAGGGCAUGAAGUAUAUUAUAAUUAGUAACAGUUUUACGAGUAGCUUUUGUACAGGUAUAUACGUCUUAGAUUUUUUGUAAGGAUAUUGAUGAUCUUCGGCCCAGUAAUUAAUUAAGCAUGCACUACGCUGUUUUCUCUUCAGACAGUUGCCAUCAAUAUAUUUUUUUAUUAAAUCAAAAAUUCUUUAUUAGAGCGAAUGGCGUAGUACAUAAUUAUGUUAUAGUGUUAUGUGUCAUGCAGUUUCAGUGCUAUUUUGUUUUAAAAGUAGUUCCGUCUGUGAUCACUGAAAAUUACUAUAGCCAAUUAUUACAUAUUUUGUAGUAAAAGUUUUAUCGAGUUCUCAACUUUCAGUGUUUGGAUAAAACUUUAGGUUAUGUAAAAAAUAAUAUUGAUAAUAGAAACUAAUUAAAUUACAAUUUAGCAUGCAGAAUUGAGUUGAUUCAUAUAUAAUGAACUCUUCUCUAAAAUGUCGUCUAUACAUUAAUCAACUCGAAUAUAAGACUAUAAAGUCCACAUGCUAUAAGCAUGUCUAUUGCGUGCUUUAAAAAAACAUGUAUUAAUUUUAUCAAUACAUAGUAGUAAGAUAAUAAAUAUACUUCCCAACUGGUUACCUUGAUUAUAAAUAAAUAUUUUAUAUUUAUAUGUAAUAGAUAAAAUUGUUUAGUAAAUCAGACUUCCUUUAAACUAUGGAAUAUUAGUACUUAGAUAAAUAAUUGCUGUAAGUAAUGUCCUACUUUACUGUAAAUAAAUGCAUAAAAAUUAGACAUUUUAUAUGGUUAGAUUAUGAAUUGAAAAAUAUUUAGAAUUAUUGUAAUUAUACAGUUUAUUUAUCCGUAUUUAGUUUAGCUUAUAUUCACGUCAUUAUUACAAAAAUUAUGUAAAUGAUCUAGUAAUGUGUGAAUGUGUUACUUAUCUAGUUAUUAUAUUUCUAUUGAAUAACUAAUAACAAUAUAAAUUAAUUAAAAAUAAUUAUGGAUUUAGAUAUAUCGGGUUGAAUGAUUUUAGUUCGAUUUUUGCUACAUGAAAGAUACUCUCCAUUUUCUUCUUCCACGCAUCAUCUGAUUGAUUUAAUAUUUUGUCUUUCCGUACUAAUGAUAAAAAACCAUGUGAACAAUCUGAUAUAUGAAUAUCACAAUGUACUAUUACCCCAAUAGCAUUCAUCUUGUGUAUACUUCAGUGCACUGACACAAGGCUCAGAUAUUAUACCUCUUGUUAAGAUAUUACACAAUACUACAUAGUACUAUAUAUACAACUAAUAUCAAAAUUGUAUCGGAACGAUGACUAAUAGAAGUUAUGUAAAAAUAAUGAUAGAAGAGGUUUUAAUACGAACAACAGAAGCCAAAACAAUAAUUAUUAGAAAUGUUGUGUGUCUGUAUGUUUGUUACGAUAUAUAUAAAUACAACUUCACUAAAUUAAAUACGUUUUCAGUUUUAUGAAGUUCUAAAUAAAAACUGGUCUGUAUUUUUUUUGCUAUGCAUCUAGAUGUGGUAUAUUUCAUUGGUUUUUCUACUUCUGAAUUCCGCAUACGAAAUAACUGGCAAAAAAGCUACUAAUAAUUUGUUAUGAUAGGCAAAUAAUUUGACUGCUUAUCUGAUAAAAAACGGUGACCAUCGCCUAUAGGUACACAUGAACAAAACCAUGGACGUCACAGAUUACACUGUGAUGCCCAUGACUUCUCAUGUGUUCAUCAUCAUCAAUGAUCUCCAUACAUUCUGGGGUGAGGGUUGGUGGAGACCUCAGGGAAUUCCCCUUUACCUCGGCUUUGACUCCGGAGUCAACUACUCCCGGGUCUCUGGAUCUAAGCGCACUCCAAUAUCUCGGUGUGGCGUGGUCCAUUAUGAGUUGCCUCAAUUGAAUUCAGUUUAACGAUUUAGAACCCUACUUACUAUUUGCACCGACACAAAAGCCAACAUUUUGCAUGGAGUGUACAGAGAAGAUGUAAAAAUGCCUAACACAAAGGACUCGCAAUCAUUGAUCCCAAAUUGCUAUAAAGAAAAUGUGUAUUAAAACAUAAACAAAUCCGCGUGUAGAUAUAAUGUGUUCUGUGUAAAAAUACGCAAAAUUCAUGCAAUAAUAAUGGUGCAAUAUGAAAUACUUCGUGUUUACUCCUAUAACAUUUUUAUAUGUAUUUUUAUUUAUAUAUUUCAUGUCAAACUUUAUUAGAUGUAAAAUACAUUUCCAUAAUAUUGUCCAUCAUACAGACUGCAAAGACGUGGAAAAUGUUUCCGAUUUUCCAUAACAUAUCAAUAUUUAGUAAGGUCUAUUUCCCUUAAUAAUCUUGUACUUAAUUUUUUUUUUUUUUUAUUGCCUGCUUACUAGAAAAAUUAACACUGGAUAUUCACAGUUCUUCAAGUUUUCUGGUACUUAGAGGAAAUAAUAAAAAAUAGCUCGCUUAUUAAUUGAUCGAUUCGAAUGUAACCUUUUAUUUAGACCUUGGCAAAGGAAAAAGCCUCAUGUGUUGAAAGCUUUAAUUUGAACUCUAGGUUGAUCGCAUGCAGUGAUUGCUAUGUUAAAUUUUGAUAUAUGUUAUUUGGAAAGUAAACAAGCUGACUCACUAUAUUUAUUUUGACUCUUAUAAUUAUAGCAAAAUAGAGAGCGAAAUUAGUAGUAUGCUUGUAGAUGUCCUAUUAAAGAAAUUUAUCAUUUUUGCUAAAGAAAUAUGAUUGUGGUAAAAUUUGAGCCAAAACUAAAAACAGCACGUCCACCUUUCGAGUUAAUAAGGGAGGCCCUUUAUUUGUCGAUUCUUGAUCCAUUUCUUUGGGAAAAAUGUUCUAGACGUUUAGAUGAGUGAUGUUGUUUAUUUCAAUUAAAGCAAUUGGAUAAAUUGUUGAUUAAUUUGGUUUUGAUGUAACGUCAAAGGUCUGAAACAUAUUUUUCGAAUAAACUUUUCUAUUACGUCAUUAAUUCUUGACAACUUUAGAGCAUUCAACAAAUAAAAUUAUAUUCGAGAAACGAAUAAUGGCACACUAUUAAUUUCACAAAAAAUUCUACUAUCUGUUAUGGUGAGCAAUAAUAAAAGUAUCGUUAAUGGUUGAAAAUUAACCUAUAUUUGUAUGAUCAGUUUAUUUCGUCUGCCGUCACAUAAAGCACGUAAUUUUUAUACACUUCUACGUAUGUUCUUUCUUAAUUUUUAAUAUUUAUCUAUUAAUAGACUCCCUGUGACCUGUCUUUCUACAAAGUUGCUUUAAAAUGAACUGUGAGAAUUAAGUCUUAAUAUUGUUGUAUGCUCUAAAGUAGUCUGAUGUUGCGAAAAUAUGUAGAAAAUAUUCCGUCAAUACGAUGGUGUCGGAAAUUACUUUUAUCAUAAUAUUGUAUAAAAUAUAUGAUAAACCGAAACAAAUGCUAAUAAAUUUAUAAAAAUACCUACUUUGUUACCACAAGUAUUAAAUAAACACAGAUGGCUCCCGAUAAUUAGAAUCUUAAGCUUUUUAUCGAUAGAUUCAGCCUAACAUUAUCGACAAAACUGUAAAUACCAAAGUUUGUUACCUAAUGUUCCUGGUUGUGUUUUAUUUACUUAAUUAUACACUUACUAAUAUAAUAAAAUAGACUAUGUCUAUACAUGAGGGAUAUUUAAAUAAAAAUAUGAGAGGUCUUACUAAGAGUAAUAGAAGGCAUUUUUUAUUUGCCUUUCUGUUUGAUGUAUGUUUUAUCGUGAUAUGCCAUCGAGAAGUAGUAUAUUUCGUUGGUUUACCUGCUUCUGAAAUCCAUGCAUACAAAGUAGCGGGCAAAAAUCUAGUUUAAAAUAUAAAUUUUAAAUAUAUUACUACUAUAUAUAUAAAAGUGCUUUUUUUUUUGUUGAACUUAAUUCGAUAUGUAGUUAUAUUAAGUUUAUUUAAAUGUUGAUACCUAUAAUAGUGUGAACUUUAGUUUCAUUAUCACUUUGUGGUACUUACACUUGGGACUUAUAUUGUUACUUAGAAUAUUGCAACAAACAACACGCUUUAUAGCAUUCCUAUUUUAUUAAGUUAGUAAAUAGCUAUUUGGUGCUUGUUUGUAUUAUUAUUUGUUUGGUGUUCUUUGCUGACAGUAAUACUAAAAGGUUUGUUAUUGAUUGUACCUAUAAAUAAUAUUUUACAUAGUAGAAAAAAAUAGUCAUCAAUUACUAAAAUAAUCACUGACGAUGGCCACGCCUUGUAGUUUAUACAUUGUAAUAAUAAUAUUAAAAUUCCUAUUGUUAGUUUAGCAGUGUGUGCUGUGCUAUUGGUUUAUAAAAAUAAACUCAGAUUACAAUGUAAAAUAAUAAUAAUUGGUAUUAAAGUUAUAAUUUUCAUAGAAAAUUAUAACUUUAAUACCAAUUAUUAUCAAUGCUGUAACUAAAAAAAUGCUUAUAUAGUAACUUUUGUGAAUGUAUCAUUAAAAAAAAUGAUACCGUCAUAUAUGUACAAUGAUGAUACUAUGGCAAAUAAUAAAAUUUAAGAAACAAAAUUUUUGAGAAAUGUACUUAUUCUCUUUUUGAACGUGUUCUGUUUUGAACUGCAUUAUUGUGGUUAUAUAUAAUGUAUUCACUAGUAAAUGUUUUACAGGUGAAAUUAUUCUUUUCACGAAUGUGUGGAGAGUUAUAAGCUAGUUACUAGUGGACACAUAGUUUCAGGGCUACAUUUAUUAUGUAUUCGUAUGUGUUUAUAUUUAUUUAAUAUUUUUGAAACUUGUUACUAUUUUCGCGCCCCAAAUGGAAAUCAUGAUAAUGUAGUUCGAUAUACGUAUGAAGUUUUACUAACAUUGUGACAUUUUAGAUGGAUGUGACAAGGAAAUAAACUGUUUAAAUAAUACAAACUG